AUGAUGAUGACGUGCCGUCUGCUGUGCGCCCUGUUGGUGCUCGCCCUGUGCUGCGGCCCGUACGUGUGCGCGGCAGGGACUAAUCUGGAUCAGGAUUCAGGCUCUAAUGGAAAUAUUGCUGGUCUGCCGUCCCAUGCACCAGCCACUAAUUCAGCUCCGGAGGCCCCUGGAAUUUCAAACAAGAACGCGACGCCUGGGGAUCCUGCCGACGCCGGUCCAUCGCCCUCUCGACGAGAGGCAGUAUCGCAGGCGACCACUCCGUCAGGGUUGCCACGUAAUGGGCUCGGUGCGGAGCCGGGAAAAGUUGGUGGAAUGGGAUCAGAAUCAAAAGUCACGAUCGAUGUGUUAAAGGCAGAAGACAGCGGCGACAGGGCUGGAACAGAAAUUGACACGAAUACAUCUGCAGACCAAAAAGAUAAGAGCGCCAGAGAUGCUGCCAAGACGACCACGACGACCACUACAACAAAGGCACCAACCACCACCACGACGACCACAACCACUACGACCACGACUACAAAAGCGCCAACUACGACGACCACCCGCGCACCAUCACGUCUUCGUGAAAUCGACGGCAGCCUCAGGAGCUCUGCGUGGGUGUGUGCCCCGCUGCUGCUCGCCGCAUCUGCGCUGGCGUACACCGCCGUGGGAUGA